AUGAGUUUUUCUAGAAAGUUCAACCCCAUUAACCCCCUUGCAGCAGAGCUAUAUGCAGUGCGUGAAAGACUAAUGGUGGAGGUAGACUGUGACAUUAAGGAUCUUGAAUUGGAAACAAACGCUCAAUCUCUGGUAACCAUGUUGGGAUCAGUGGAUAACACCUAUCACCACGAGCUUUCAGCUGUUAACAAUGAUGUUGACUGUCUAAGGACUAGGUUCAGUUCUUUAGUCAUCAAACACAUUCCCCGAGGUAGCAAAAAGGUGGUCCAUUGCCUUGCUCAAUAUGCCAUGAGUAUGGCGGUUGGCCACAAGAUGUUCAUGAAUCCACCCCAUUUCACAAGAGUUGCUUACCAGGAUGACAUAGACAGAUGA